AUGUACCACAAUGAACGAUGUAGUGGAGAAUGGACAGCUAUCGUUAAAACUGGCGCUGAUGGAACAGAAAUAAACGGAAGUAAACGAGAUCUUGUCGAUCGUCUAGUCGCCGGAGAUGAGAUCAGAAUUUCAUUGAACAAUUCUAUUGAUCAAACAUCGAUACAAUCAUGCGCUGCUGAAAAACCUGUCUACUGUAAUACGCUGUCCGGGGUUCGAACAUGUGGAGACAAAUCUGUGUUGUUAAAUGCAGUUAACAAUGGCGCUAGUGUUAAAGUUUUAAAACCAGAAACUGGAUUUAUGACCAGACUGACAACAAUUGAAGUGUCUAACAGCUUGGAUGUACAUGGACAAUACCCAUGGCGUUUAGGACAAAUUAAACUAGGCGAGGAAUAUGAGUUCCCAACUAGAGUGUUUUGGUUGUUGACGACAUGGUCAACUACAGGCACAAUUCCAACCUCUCAGUGGUACGUUGGCCAGCACACUAAGCUGAACACUUUUUAGGAUUUUGGCUCAAUGGUGUGGCUUGUGGACGAUUGCUGGACACAGGUAUACAGUCACGACACUUUUGGACGUGGAUUACACGGGUCCUUAGACCUGCUUGUUGAAUCUGUUUUAGCUGGCAAAAGAGUCCGAGUUAAAAUCAAUUCGUAUAUAACGGAUGCAGAUAAUCUUUAUGUAAGGAAUGGUCAGGUUUCAGCUCAACUUUUAGGACAAUUUUCUAAAACUUCUGCAUAUAACAUUCCAACUAAUGUCAAUUGGAUCUGGCAAAUUGCCUCAACAACAGGCGAUGUCGAAACAGUGAGGUACGAUAUUGGAAGCAUCAUCAACAAAUUGAGUUCGAAUGACAAAAAAUCCAUCACGUGGUUUGUUGAGUCUAGACCCUGGUCAAAGGUCCUGACCACUUCUAGCUCUGGCAUUGCUAAAUAUGGAUCUAAAGCUAACCUGAUUACUUCUCUACAACGGGGAUCUCCGCUUCGUUUAGUUGUUUAUGAGGGAGACAACUCUUACCGUAUCAUAGAGGCAGACAAUAUAGCCAUUCAAAACUCGGAAGUUGCAGUACAGUCUAUCAGGUAUAUCGGCGAUGAAAACGGAAGUGGAAUAAUUCCGAGGCGGUUUAAGUCCCCUGCCUAUUGGAGAUUUACAUUGACGUCAACGAAUGGAAACCAGCGGCUGGCCUGGUGGAAGGUUGGGGAACACUCGUCACUUCCGGCUACCAUAGAAAAUUACCAAGUGGAUUGGAUCGUAGAUGUUGACGAAUGUGCGAAUGAUGUUUGCAAGAACGAAGCCAAAUGUAAGAACACUCAUGGAUCGUAUAUAUGCAUUUGUAAAAAUGGAUGGAAAGGGGACACCUGUGAACGAGACGUCAACGAAUGUGACAACAACCCUUGUCAGAACGGAGGACGAUGCACUAACAGUGAGGGAUCAUUCAGUUGUAAUUGUACUGAUGGAUGGGAGGGAUCUGUAUGUGAUCAAGAUGUUGAUGAGUGUCAGACCAAUCCUUGUGAGAACGGAGCACUAUGUAACAACACUUGCGGAUCAUUCAUCUGUAGUUGUAAACCCGGAUGGGAGGGUAACCUCUGUGAUCAAGACGUCUAUGAAUGCGACAACAACCCUUGUCAGAACGGAGGACGGUGCACUAACAGUGAGGGAUCAUUCUCUUGUAGUUGUACUGAUGGAUGGGAAGGGCCUGUUUGUGAUCAAGAUGUUGACGAGUGUCUGACAAACCCUUGUGAGAACGGAGCACAGUGUAACAACUUUUACGGAUCGUUCAGCUGUACUUGUAAAUCUGGAUGGGAGGGUCAAGUCUGUGAUCAAGACAUUGAUGAAUGUGACAACAACCCUUGUCAGAACGGAGGACAGUGCACUAACGUUGAUGGAUCAUUCAGUUGUAGUUGUACUGAUGGAUGGAAGGGAUCUGUGUGUGAUCAAGAUGUUGACGAGUGUCAGACCAAUUCAUGUGAGAACGGAGCACUAUGUGUCAACACUUGCGGAUCAUUCAUCUGUAGUUGUAAACCCGGAUGGGAGGGUGACCUCUGUGAUCAAAAUAUCAAUGAAUGUGAAAACAGCCCAUGUCAGAACGGAGGACGGUGCACUGACAGUGAGGGAUCAUUCUCUUGUAGUUGUACUGAUGGAUGGGAAGGGCCUGUUUGUGAUCAAAUUUUAGAUGUCAAUGAAUGCCUGACAAACCCUUGUGAAAACGGAGGACAGUGUAUGAACACAGUUGGAUCAUUUAACUGUAUUUGCAAACCUGGAUGGGAGGGUGACGUCUGCAAUCAAGAUACAUUUGAAUGUGGUACCAACCCUUGUCAAAAUGGAGCACAGUGCCUUAACAAUGAGGGGUCGUUCAUAUGUAGCUGUGCAGGUGGAUGGAGCGGACCUCUCUGUGAUCAGGGUAAAGUUUUAAAAAGUCUGCAUGCCAUAUAAGUGUGUGGGUCACUU